AUGGGCCCCUUGGAUAUCCAUGGUGCUAGUGCUGGUGCCUUUGCUCAGGUUGUGUUAUUCAGUUAUUCAUCGUGCAAAAACGCGAUGCCUGGGCUAAGCAGCGCUAAGCCACAGCUUCCCCAGUCUGUUGACAUAAGACUAUGGGGCAGCCCAGGAAAGAAGGAACGAACGACAGUACCUGUUCGGUACAACACAACAUACGUAGCCAAGGCAGGGAAACAGGCUGGGGAGGGAUGCAGAAGUGACUUCUCCUUUUCUCAUGCCGCACCAUCUCCAUGUACCUUGAAACUGUCUGCUCGCUGCCGAGUCCCCAUCCUCAUCUUCGCCCACCUCAGCCCAGUCGGGCCAAUCCUAGAGCUAUUCUCAUCCAUCCUAACUACCUCAGCCAUCCUCUCCACCUGGCGCUUCCACGCUCGCUCUCACCUAGCUGCAGGUUUCUGGUUCCCACCAAGCAAGGCCGCCAGCCCGUCAGGACCCUUUUUUAACCAUUUGCUGCCCCAUCCUGCAUCACCACCCUCUCCCCUUCUACUCCUCCUGCCCCCCAGCCCUCCAUCCAUCUUUACAUCCUUCUCUUUUUUUUCCUCCUUCGCUUCACCAAUCGUUACUGGGGUUGUGGCUUUCUUGGCCGCACAUCUCUCUAACCUACAGCGCCUUUCAAUCAUGGCUUACCGCGGGGGGCAUGAAAACGAUUACGAUGGCGGCCACAAUAUGCAGGACCUUCCGCCUGGAUCUGGCAGAGGAUACCAUCUGCCUCCUCAAGAUGAGGGAGUUGACGAAGCCGGCCAAUCUCUUCUGAGAGACCCUCACGCACCUGCUCCCUACGAGAGCCACCUUGGAACAGGCGAGACCCCUGGCCGUCCAGUCUCCGCAUACAGUCUCACAGAAUCAUACGCUCCUGGUGCCGGAGCUCGGACACCAGUUCCUGGCGAGACAGCUUUCGCGUCUGGCUACAGUAAUGAGCUCGACUCGGAUGCUGGUGGUUUUGGCUAUGGAAACAGACCCCCCUCCACCGUGGAUGCCGACGAGAGCUGGACCCGCAGACAGCAGCCCGGCAACCAAGGUGGCGGUCUGAAGCGUUACGCGACCCGUAAGAUCAAGCUUACUCAGGGCUCCGUCCUGAGCAUCGACUACCCAGUCCCCAGUGCCAUCAAGAACGCUGUCCAGCCAAAGUACCGCGAUGUUGAGGGCGGCAGCGAAGAGUUCAUGAAGAUGCGCUACACCGCCGCCACUUGCGACCCCAACGACUUCACCCUCAAGAAUGGUUACGAUUUGCGCCCGAGAAUGUAUAACCGACACACCGAGCUCCUCAUCGCAAUUACCUACUACAACGAAGACAAGGUGUUGCUCUCUAGAACUCUCCACGGUGUCAUGCAGAAUAUUCGCGACAUUGUCAACCUGAAGAAGUCUACCUUCUGGAACAAGGGUGGACCGGCUUGGCAGAAGAUUGUCGUCUGUCUGGUUUUCGACGGUAUCGAAAAGACCGACAAGGCCGUGUUGGACGUUCUCGCAACCGUUGGUAUCUACCAGGAUGGUGUCGUGAAGAAGGAUGUCGACGGAAAGGAGACAGUCGCUCACAUCUUCGAGUACACCUCUCAGUUGUCCGUCACGCCCAACCAGCAGCUUAUCCGCCCCGUUGACGACGGCCCAUCCACUCUCCCACCUGUGCAGUUCAUUUUCUGCCUGAAGCAAAAGAACAGCAAGAAGAUCAACUCUCACAGAUGGCUUUUCAACGCCUUCGGCCGCAUCUUGAACCCGGAAGUCUGCAUUCUCAUCGAUGCUGGUACCAAGCCUAGUCCCCGCUCGCUGCUCGCGCUUUGGGAGGGCUUCUACAACGACAAGGACCUCGGUGGUGCUUGUGGUGAGAUUCACGCCAUGUUGGGCAAAGGCGGCAAGAAGCUGCUCAACCCCUUGGUUGCCGUCCAGAACUUCGAGUACAAGAUCUCCAACAUUUUGGAUAAGCCUCUCGAGAGCUCUUUUGGAUAUGUCUCCGUGUUGCCCGGUGCUUUCUCCGCCUACCGCUUCCGCGCGAUCAUGGGUCGCCCGCUGGAGCAGUACUUCCACGGUGACCACACUCUUUCCAAGAUCCUUGGUAAGAAGGGUAUCGACGGAAUGAACAUUUUCAAGAAGAACAUGUUCUUGGCAGAGGAUCGUAUUCUUUGCUUCGAGCUGGUCGCCAAGGCCGGCCAGAAGUGGCACUUGUCGUACAUCAAGGCCGCCAAGGGUGAGACCGAUGUUCCCGAGGGCGCUGCCGAGUUCAUCUCUCAACGUCGUCGUUGGCUCAACGGUUCCUUCGCUGCCUCUCUGUACUCUCUCAUGCACUUUGGUCGCAUGUACAAGUCCGGCCACAACAUUAUCCGCAUGUUCUUCUUCCACGUCCAGCUCAUCUACAACAUCCUCCAGGUUAUGUUCACAUGGUUCAGUUUGGGUUCCUACUACCUGACUACGACGGUCAUCAUGGAUCUUGUCGGUACUGCCGUCACCUCCGACGACCCCGAUGUGGCCCGCAGCGGUUGGCCCUUCGGAGACACCGCCACUCCUAUCGUUAACGCCCUUCUUAAGUACCUCUACCUGGCCUUCGUUAUUCUGCAGUUCAUCUUGGCUUUGGGCAACAGACCCAAGGGUUCUAAGUACACCUACAUCGCCUCUUUCGUCGUCUUCGGUCUCAUUCAAUCCUACAUCCUGGUCCUUUCGAUGUACUUGGUUGUCCAGGCCUUCCAGAAACCUAUUGGCGAGCAGAUCAGUCUCGACUCCGGUGAGGAUUUCGUUGCUAGUUUCUUCGGAGGCACGAACGCUGCCGGUGUCAUUCUCGUCGCCUUGGUCACUAUCUACGGUCUAAACUUCAUCGCUUCCUUCAUGUACCUCGACCCCUGGCACAUGUUUACCUCUUUCCCUCACUACCUGGUGCUCAUGUCGACCUACAUCAACAUUCUCAUGGUCUACGCCUUCAACAACUGGCACGAUGUGUCUUGGGGUACAAAGGGUUCAGACAGUACCGAGGCUCUACCUUCUGCACACGUCAGCAAGGGCGAGAAGGAUGAAGCUGUGGUAGAAGAAAUCGACAAGCCGCAAGAGGAUAUCGACAGUCAAUUCGAAUCGACGGUCAAGCGUGCGCUGGAGCCUUUCAAGGAAACUCCAGAGAACGAGAAGCCGGACAUCGAAGACUCGUACAAGUCUUUCCGUACCGGUCUGGUUGUGUCUUGGCUCUUCUCCAACACCUUCCUUAUCAUCGUCAUUACGAGUGAUAACUUCAACUCGUUCGGCAUUGGCAAAACUGCAUCAGCACGUACUGCUUCUUACUUCAGCUUCUUGCUGUACUCUACUGCCGUCUUGUCACUUACGGUAAACAGACAAACAGAGGAGAUUGUCCAAACAGGCGCCGAACCUCUCGACGCGUGUUGGAUGUGUAUCAGAGGGAAGACUGUACUCUUGCCAGCUUUGGCUCAUUGCUACGAAUCCGCUGGUGUUUUUCAUUCUGGGCAUGUGUUGAGUAAUAAAGGACACGGGACUCGGCAGAUUCUUGAUGAAGUGGGCGGAAGCUCAAAGCUUCCGGCCAACUUGGCGGCUCUCCAGCGUGCUUGCGUCCUUUCAUGGCUUUCUUUGCAUUUCUUCAUUUAUUCAGAUUGCUGUUGUUCAAUGUUGUUCAACGACCGGGGUCUGAGGCAAGCUGACAAGAGUGGUUCUAGUCGGUCCGCUCCUCCAGGCACCUUCCCGUCCCAAGACCGCAAGACUCCGGACAGAGACGAUUACCUUAUACUUAACUUGUUGUUCAACUGCUUGGUUACCGCGCAAACACCACUGAUUCAGGAAAACACCAUCUUCCACCCAGGUCGUGUGCGUGCCCUCGUUCCCCGUCUCACCCUUCUCACAGAGCGCCCCACCAACUCCUCCCACCAGACACCCCGCCAGAGAUCGGACAAGAUGCUAAAGAUUUGGUCUAUGAAGAAGGAGCAGCAGAAGGCUGAAAAUGCCGACGCUGCGGGUGGCAAGAAGAAAAAGGUGACUGCCGCGCAACUUCGAGUGCAGAAAGAUCUCUCGGAACUAUCUCUCGGAUCAACAAUGAAGACCGACUUCCCUGACGCUGACGACAUUCUCCACUUCACGCUUACGAUCGAGCCCGAUGAGGGCAUGUACCGGACCGGACGAUUCACCUUCACAUUCGACAUCAACCAAAACUUCCCUCACGAGCCGCCAAAAGUCCGAUGCAAGGAGAAGAUCUACCACCCUAAUAUCGAUCUGGAGGGCAAGGUUUGCCUGAACAUUCUGCGCGAAGACUGGAAGCCCGUUCUCAACUUGAACGCGGUCAUUGUCGGACUCCAAUUCCUGUUUCUCGAACCGAAUGCCUCUGACCCUCUGAACAAGGAGGCUGCCGAUGAUCUAAGACUCAACCGCGAGGGUUUCAAGCGCAAUGUCCGGACCGCGAUGGGCGGUGGCACUGUCCAAGGGCAGAGCUACGACCGUACAAGAGGCCAGCCCGAAUUUGAUACCAGAGACGGACGGACAGGCUGCUGGUUCGCGGAAGGGUGGAAUGCACAUCUGAAGGGUCGGUGGGCAUCAAAAGCAAGCAUCGUCGUCAGGCGUUUGGGGAGACAAGAUUACAAAUUACAACAGGUCAAGGUUCUGGCAAGACAUCAAGCCCAGUUUAGAGAUAGCACUAGCGAGGGCGCAGCACAGAAGGGUUCGUUGAUGCGCCGUGGAAGGCGGAAAAGCAUAGCUGGAAUGCAAACAGCGUUGCCGUGUCACGGCAGGAGAAGAAGCAAACAUGGAGAAUUGAAGCCAAUCACCGGGCCGAUUGACUCCCCCAUAAUGCAGCUCAGCGCCGGCGACCGGUCAACAGCUGUAGCUGCAGAGAGAGGCCGAAGGCAUAGGUCAACGGCCGUAGCCGGCGCCCAUGUGGUUGGCUCUCCCCUGCUCCACAGCACCCGCCUCGCCGGCAAUAACUACCCGCUCUCCCACUUGGAGGACCCCCUACCGAACCCCGGACGCUUCCAGACAUCUUCCCCACCAUUGGCACAGGCCAGCAGCAGGACGACGCAGCAGGCUAACCCACCAACGACCAAGCUGGGCCGAAGUCGGGGUGAAACUCUGUUUUCUUCAUCCAUAUCUUCCUUCUUCUUCCUUACAAUUGACUUGUACGGAUACCCUCUCCACUCCCUCCUCCCCCAACACACAGUCAGAAUGGCCUCCCGCAGCUUCUCCAAGGCGCUUCGUUCGCCAAUGGCCCGCCAAUUGGCGGCCAAGCCUGCUACUCAGCAGCGCACCUUCGUUGCUGCCCGCCAGCUCGUCCGCGCCUCUGCCCAGGUCAACAAGGCUUUCGUCGCUCCUGCUCAGCAGCAGGCUCGCGGUGUCAAGACCAUGGACUUCGCCGGCCACAAGGAGGACGUCUACGAGCGUGCCGACUGGCCCCAGGAGAAGCUUCUUGAGUACUUCAAGGACGACACCCUCGCCCUCAUCGGCUACGGCUCCCAGGGUCACGGCCAGGGUCUUAACCUCCGUGACAACGGCCUCAACGUCAUCGUCGGUGUCCGCAAGAACGGCCAGUCCUGGAAGGACGCCCAGCAGGACGGCUGGGUUCCCGGCAAGAACCUCUUCGAUGUCGAUGAGGCCAUCUCCCGCGGUACCAUCGUCAUGAACCUUCUCUCCGACGCCGCCCAGUCCGAGACCUGGCCCGCCAUCAAGCCCCAGCUCGUCAAGGGCAAGACCCUCUACUUCUCCCACGGCUUCUCCCCCGUCUUCAAGGACGUCACCCACGUCGACGUCCCCAAGGACAUUGACGUCAUCCUCGUCGCCCCCAAGGGCUCUGGCCGCACCGUCCGCUCCCUCUUCCGUGAGGGCCGUGGUAUCAACUCUUCCUUCGCCGUCUUCCAGGACGUCACUGGCAAGGCCAAGGAGAAGGCCCAGGCUCUCGGUGUCGCCAUCGGCUCCGGCUACCUCUACGAGACCACCUUCGAGAAGGAGGUCUACUCCGACCUGUACGGUGAGCGUGGCUGCCUCAUGGGAGGUAUCCACGGCAUGUUCCUCGCCCAGUACGAGGUUCUCCGUGAGCGCGGCCACUCCCCCUCCGAGGCUUUCAACGAGACUGUCGAGGAGGCCACCCAGUCCCUGUACCCCCUGAUCGGUGCCAACGGCAUGGACUGGAUGUACGAGGCCUGCUCCACCACCGCCCGCCGCGGUGCCAUCGACUGGUCCCCCAAGUUCAAGGACGCCCUCAAGCCCGUCUUCAACAGCCUGUACGACGCCGUCAAGGAUGGCUCCGAGACCAAACGCUCUCUGGAGUACAACUCCCAGAAGGACUACCGCCAGAAGUUCGAGGCUGAGAUGGAGGAGAUCCGCAACCUUGAGAUCUGGAGAGCCGGCAGAGCCGUCCGCUCUCUGCGUCCCGAGAACCAGAAUUUGCAUCUUGACUUUUGGGAUCCUUCAAUACCAUUUCUUUUGCUGUCCAUGAACACAAUAUGUCGGGUUAUGCAGGGACCCAAGACUGACUCGUCAGGCCCGUUGAUACUUUACACAGAUUGCGCUAACUGCUGCUGGACCGAGACCAAAUUGGCACCCCCACGUCCGCGCGGCGGUGUGGUGUUGCAUGCGGCCGCAAGUUUCAUGGCGAUGUUGAGUCCACGGUCAGGACUUCAGAAGUACAGCCUCCGAUGCUCGGUCAAGUUCGAGCACGCUCGGUAA